CGUUUUAACCGGAUAGCCUCCUGACUGUGGAGCCUCAUUCAUCCGGACGCCUGUAGCUUUGGAGAGAGCGGGGAACUUUUGGACAGAACUGCGACUCUACCGUCGAUACCCAGAGGAGUUGGUGAGAUAUUUGGCUCGACAACACUUUCGCCAUGAGUGAACAGAGUAUCUGCCAGGCGCGAGCCGCUGUCAUGGUGUAUGAUGAUGCCAAUAAGAAGUGGGUCCCAGCUGGCGGCUCCACGGGCUUCAGCAGAGUCCACAUCUACCACCACACAGGCAACAACGCCUUCAGGGUGGUGGGGCGCAAAAUCCAGGAUCAUCAGGUGGUGAUAAACUGUGCCAUUCCUAAGGGGCUGAAGUACAACCAGGCCACGCAGACCUUCCACCAGUGGCGUGACGCCCGGCAGGUCUAUGGUCUCAACUUUGGCAGCAAAGAGGAUGCCAACGUAUUUGCCAGUGCCAUGAUGCAUGCUCUGGAGGUGCUCAACUCACAAGAUGCAGGCCCCACGUUGCCCAGACAGGCCCCCCAGGUCCAAAAUGGCCCCACACCAGAGGAGAUGGAGCAGCAGAGAAGGCAGCUCCAGGAUCUGCAGAGGCAGAAGGAGAUGGAGCGUGAGCGUCAGGAGAGGGAGCGUCAGGAGCGCGAGCGCCUGGAGCGAGAGAUGCAGGAGCGACAGGAGCGCGAACGUCAAGAACGCGAACGUCAGGAGAGGGAGGCGCAGGCGGAGCGAGAGCGGCUGGAGCGGGAACGCCAGGAGCAGCAGGAGCGUGCCGAGCACGAGCUGAUGGAGAGGGAGAAGGCGGAGAGAGAGCGGAUCGAGAGGGAGCAGCAGGAGCAGUUGGACAGAGAGCAGCAGGACUGGGAGAGAGGGAGACGCAUCUCCAACGCCGCCUUUGAAAGCACGCUGUACACUCCCACUCCUCAAGAGUACGGCAGGACAUCCUCAACACCCAUAUCUCCGUCCACGCCCACCUACCCAGCUCCUGGGGCGCCAUCACCAUCCUCCACGACUCCCCCGACCCCCCCGCUAAGGCAUUCUGCCUCCAGAUUUGCCACCUCCCUAGGCUCUGCCUUCCACCCAGUCCUGCCUCACUACGCCACUGUCCCUAGGAGACAGCAAGCCCUUCCCCAGGCUCCGCCCCCUGCUCCAGCCCCCGCCCCUGUCCCAACCCCUCCUUCUAAGUCUGUGGUGUGGUCAGCCUGUAACUUCACGCCCUUACCUCCAUCACCUCCUGUCAUGAUUAGCAGCCCCCCAGGGAAGGCUGCAGGCCCACGGCCGCUCAUCCCCAUCGCAGCGCCUUCCCCCCUCACCCAGAAGCCCCCUUCGCCAGCCCCAAACGGCCCGCCUAUGUUCCCAGCACCUUCUCCGGUCACCAUCCCACACAGCCACACCCCUCUUGGUAUCACUUGCCCAACCCCGCCUCCCCCACCCACCCCACCUCCUCUACCCUCACCUAUAACUGCCCCUCUGUCUUCCUCCUCCGUCUCGUCUCCCCCCUCCUCAUCCCAAGCUCCUGGUGUGCCCUUUCCCUCCACAGCACCCCCCGCUGCUGCCGCCGCCGCCACCUCUGCCUCUGCUGAGCACCUCUCCCUCCCCGUGGGCCUGGGCCUGUCGGGACCGGGGGAGCCGGACACAGCUACAGGCCCAGAGCCCCACCCGCCUCAGUGGGGCUCCACCUGUCAACCCCAGCCCCAGGACUUGGUGCAGACCCCAGGGUUAGCCACCCCUCCCCCACCCCCGCCCCUGCCACCCGGCUCCACUGUGACCUCGGCUGCCGCCACACCGGCCGUCACCCCGACCACCCCGGCCGGCCAUCCUCCUCCUCCUCCACCUCCUCCUCUCCCCCCUACUCUGACUCCAGGCGGGACCCCCCCUCCUCCUCCAGGUCCACCUCCUCCUCCUGGAGCCCCACCCCCUCCCCCAGCACCACCCCUCCCCGCCGGACUGUUCUCUUCUGCCGAGGACCGCCCCCUCUCAGGUCUGGCCGCUGCCCUCGCUGGAGCCAAGCUGCGCAAAGUGCCAAGGAGUGAUGACGCAGGAGCGGCUGUGGCAGCAGCCAUGUUGGGGGCUGCUGGGAACGCUGGGGCAAAAUCAGAAGCCAGAGGAAACGGCCCUCUUCCUGGAGGGGGCGGGCUUAUGGAAGAGAUGAGCGCCCUGUUGGCCAGGAGAAGAAGAAUUGCAGAGAAGGGCUCAUCACCUGAACCCGACCAGAGAUCAGAGGAGGGCGAGAUGAACACGACUCCUAAAAUGUCAGCCUGUAGCACGCCAGACAUGCCCAGGAAGCCAUGGGAAAGAACAAACACCAUGAACGGUAGCAAAUCUCCAGUCAUUGGAAGACCUAAAUCCACUCCGACACCCACUGCAUCCUUAAGUGCCAACGGUGUGCCAACAGAAGCAGUUGACUAUGACAGAUUGAAACAGGACAUCCUGGAUGAAAUGAGGAAGGAGCUGUCGAAGCUAAAGGAAGAGCUCAUUGAUGCAAUCAGGGAGGAGCUGGGCAAGUCCAGCACGGCGUAGAGGAUCCAAACUCCCCUCUUCAAAUAUCUACAUCCACGUGAGCUGAAAGAUGACGGCAGUCAUUAAAGACGAGACAAUACAACAGCAAACACAAUAAAACCAACAGCAGAGUAGAGACAACGAUCAUAUUAGGACUGGGAGAGGACUUUAUUUGGGGCAGAGCAGGAUUGGACACAACAACAAUGGACAGGGUGGGUGGGGGGUGGGAGGCUGUGACUCAGAAUCCACUCUACACAUCAUGUUCCUGCUGCCUCCCCCUCCCCCACCCCCCCUCUGGCUGAGGGCAUCGCAUCCUGGAGGACAGUGCACAGUCUGAAAGAGAAGCGAAUGUCUUUAUGCAAAGAUGAUUUCUCUUUUUGUCCUAUAAGAAUAGCGGACUCUUCUGUAUUAACCAUGGGUGCAGACAUGAACAGUAGCAUUGAUGCUGACCAUUUACUACCAAGAGAGACACAAAGACAGUAGGGAUGGAGAAUACAGACCCUUUUUUCCCAUAAUGCCAUAGGGGUAGCGUGUAUGUGUGCGUGUGAGUGAGAGAGAGAGUGAAUGUGGGACUGAUCGUCUCUGGUGACGUCCACCACUGCAGGACACUGUAAAGCUCGUCUUCCUCAAAUACUAUUUUAACCUGAAAAUGUACAAAAGAGAGAAAACGUUAUUUAGAAAAAAACCUAUCAACCAUGUCUGUUUCUGUGUCCCACUCUGGCCAUAUCAAGUAGAUGGGUGAUCUUUACAGCGGCUGCUCUCUCGGCUGAAGGCGUCUCCUUCCUACAGAGAGCGACCUACGGAGAUGUUUCUUUACUAGUGAUGUACCGAGCACACUGAUCCCAGAUCUGCUGUGCUGAUACUGAAGCCAUCAGACUGAUAUUCCUCACUGUGACAAUGACAUUUAAGGCGGCAUCAGGUUUCUCCAACUCUGUUAAACAACUUUAAAUAAAGAGAAAUAAUCUGCA